AUGGAGCUGUUGCUGUCUGGAGCCAAGCGCCAGAUGGAGCUGAGCGCCUCUGAUGAUGAGCGCCAGAUGGAGCUGGGCUCAUCUGGUGACGAGUGUCAGAUGGACCAGGGCUCAUCUGGUGAUGAGUGUCAGAUGGACCUGGGCUCGACUGAUGAUGAGUGUCAGAUGGACCUGGGCUCGACUGAUGACGAGUGUCAGAUGGAGUUGGGCUCGUCUGAUGAUGAGUGUCAGAUGGAGCUAUAUUCAUCCGAUUCCCAGCGCCAGAUGGAGCAGGGCUCGCCUGAUGCUCAGCGCCAGAUAGAGCUGGGCUUGCCUGAUGCUCAGCGCCAGAUGGAGCUGAGCUCGCCUGAUGCUCAGCGCCAGAUGGAGCUGAGCUCGCCUGAUGCUCAGCGCCAGAUGGAGCUGGGCUCGCCUGAUGCCGAGCGCCAGAUGGAGCUGGGCUCGCCAGGUGCUCAGCGCCAGAUGGAGCUGAGCUCGCCUGACGCUCAGCGCCAGAUGGAGCUGGGCUGGCCUGAUGCUCAGCGCCAGAUGGAGCUGAGCUCGCCUGAUGCUCAGCGCCAGAUGGAGCUGAGCUCGCCUGAUGCCGAGCGCCAGAUGGAGCUGGGCUCGCCAGGUGCUCAGCGCCAGAUGGAGCAGGGCUCGCCUGAUGCUCAGCGCCAGAUGGAGCUGAGCUCGCCUGACGCUCAGCGCCAGAUGGAGCUGGGCAGGUCUGAUUUCCAGCACCAGAUGGAGUUGAACUGGUCUGGUUCCCAGCGCCAGAUGGAGCUAGCGCCCUGA